AUGGCACGCUCAUUGACGGCACUCAUCGUAGGAGGUGGAAUCGCCGGCUUGUCUUCUGCCAUAGCCCUCACUCGCGUGGGCGUUCAGUGCGAGGUACUCGAAAAAGGCAACCCCAAGGAAGGGGCGUCGAUCGCGUUUAGCGGCCGUGCAGCAAACGCUCUUGUAGAUCUUGGCAUCUAUGAUUUGGUCCACGACGCCGGCACUCCAUUUCUGCACGAUUCCCAGGUCGCGACGAUGCGUGAUGCGGCCGGCAAUACCUUGAGUCGCGGUCCAAGCCGACCGACAUGGCCGGAUGCAAAGGAAGCCGUGGGCAUCUACCGGCCAACUUUCAUUGAGAUUAUGACGAAGGUUGCCGUAGACCUGGGGGUCCAAGUCCACAUAGAUACUACGUUUGACAAGAUUGAGAAUUCCACCAGUGGCGUGACUGUUCAGCUUAGUACGGGAGAGCAGCGCAGUUAUGACUUUUUGGUGGGUGCAGAUGGGAUCAACUCGGCAACUCGCAAGACGAUCUUCCCUUCUAGCCCUGAUCCACAAUAUUCAGGCCAGCUGAGCAUCCGCUGGAUGGCGCCCGGCCCCCAGGUUCAGCCAGAAAGCUGGUAUCAGAGUUCGCUUGGCCGACUUGGCUUCUAUUAUCUCCCGGAGGGUUACGUCUAUGUUCCGUCGGUACUUGACCAGCCCGAGAACAAGCGGUUGACAAGCGAAGAGAUCUAUCACCUAUUCCGCGACUUGCUCGACUCCAUGACGGCGCCUGCCAUUGACGAGCUGCGCCAGCGGUUGCACCCGGAUUCCGAUCUCAUUGCGCGCCCAUUCAGGUGGAUACUGCUCUCGGCUCCUUGGUACGACAAUCGCAGUCUCUUGAUUGGUGAUGCGGCACAUGCAACCACAGCUCAUAUGGGCAUGGGCGGGGGAAUGGCGCUCGAGGAUUCUGUUGUCCUCGCGCAAUGCAUUCGAGACGCACCGACUGUAGAUGAGGCGUUCAAAGCCUUCGUGGAGCGUCGCUACGAGCGCGUCAAGACAGUGGUCACUACCAGUGUGGAACUCUCCAAUCUCGAGCAACGCAACGCUCCACCGGCUGAAAGAAUGGGGCUGCUUGCAGCUGCCUUCGCAGCACUUAGCAGUCCCUACUGA